CAAAAUUUAACAGUUGAUGAGCAUUUAAAUAAUUUAAAAAGAGAAUUAGAACAACUUAUGAAAUAUAAUCCAAUUCAUAUUAAUAUUCAUGGAGGGCGAGAUAACUGGACAUUAGAACAACAAGAAGCAUUUUUUCAAGGAGCAUUAGAAUUACAAGGUAAAUAUCCAAAUGUAACAUCAUCACAUGAAACUCAUCGUGGUCGUUCUUUAUUUAAUCCAACACUCACAUUACAUUUAAUUACUCGUUUUUCAAAUCUUCGUUUGACUGCUGAUUUUUCACAUUGGUUAGUUGUAUGUGAACGUCUUCUUAAUCAUCCAUCUGAUAUAGAACGUAUGCGUCAAAUAGUAUCACGUGUUGAUCAUAUUCAUGCUCGAGUAGGUUCUGUUCAACAUGCUCAAGUUAAUGAUCCUCUUAUUAAUGCACCAAAAGAAACUGAACUUAUGCAAAAUUGGUGGCAAAUGAUUUGGACUGAACAUAUGAAACAAGGUAAAACAAUAACAACAUUGACACCUGAAUAUGGACCAAUACCAUAUGCUAUGUCAAGUGAUAUUGAUAUAUGGAAAUUAACAAAUCAAGAAAUGGAACGACAAAGAAAUAAUUAUCAACAAUGGAUUAUUCAGAAUCAAGAUUAA